UACAAAUCCAGUUACAAAGAUAAAACCCUUAAAACCCAAAUCAUACUCGCGUCAAAAAUUGGACAUGGACUACCAGCAGCCCCACGGCUACAUGAGGCAUCCCCCGCCACCGCCCGCGGCGGAUCCGUUCCAAAGACCACCACUCCCCCCGCCCCAAUCCAAUCAUCCGUGGCCCUAUCCCCCUACCCAAUUUCAAUACCAACCCCAAACACAACACUCCCCUUCCCCUCCUCCUCCGCAGUGGCUACCGCCGCCUCAGUCCUCUGACCAUCCUCAAUACGCUCAACAUCCUUAUCAGACGCAUCAGCCUCCGCAUUACCAUGCCCACCCUCACUAUCCGCCUCCGCCCCAGCUUCCGCCUAGACCGCCUCACGCUUCUCAGUCCUACCCUCAGGACUGGGGAAGUGGCGGUUGGAGUCAUCAUCAAAAUUGGCAAUACCCAACUGCAGCUAAUAACAAUGAAGAAGACUGGGCAGCUAGAGCUAAGGCAUGGGCUGCUGCUAAAUCUGCCUCGGACAAUCAACACACUCCAUCACAUUUUGGACCAGGUGGGAGACCAGAAGAGCAAAAUCAUUUCCACGAGAAAUAUCCUCAACAAUUUCUUGAUGGGCAUGUGCCAGUAGCUCCAGCAUCAAACUAUCAUCAAUUCCCAGUUGCAAUGGGGUCGUCAAACAGGACAGGUGUAGAUGUACACACUCCAUUUCCUGCUAGAGAUGGAGGCACAGCUGGAGAUUCAAUUCCACCUUUCCCUCCACAAGAAAAAUCACCUAUAAGUCCAAUAGUCCAUCAGCAGGAGGUACCUUCUAGUUAUUCUUCUGUUGCAGGUAAUGUGGAGUCUGUGGAUAGAUACGAAAAGCUCAAUAGCUCUUCAUCUACUCCAGUUGCCUCUUUUCCGCCACAUCAUUUUCAUCAUAUGCCGCACACAACUGGCAGAUGGAUGGAAGAACCUCAUCAUGUACUUAAUAGCCAGCCAACUGAGUCUGUAACUGACAUGAGCGAUCAACCACUGAAUUUUGCACCACAUUACAAUCGUGAUCCUGAGACACAUGUCCAACCCAACUAUGCUCACUCUUCCUGCGAUUCUGUUAGAGGCGGAGAUCCUACUGUGGCUAUGUCUUCAAACUAUGCGUGGCCUCCUCAUGCUGCACCUGGGGCUGCUUAUCCUCCACCACCUCCGGCAAUGCCAUUAGGGUCACAGGUUGAUCAUCCAAUAGCUAUGCCUUCUCCAGUAUCUGGACAUACUGCUCCAAUAUUUCCUCCUGGUCCUGGUUUCCAGCCUACUGUUCCAAUGGUAGGUAGUGGUGUUUUUGGGGUUGGUGCAGGAGUAACACCUCAUCCCACCACAUUUUCAGGAGAUGCUUUUGGUUCAGCUGACCGUCCUAAAAAGGCAUCCGUACCUAACUGGCUUAGGGAAGAAAUCAUUAAAAACAAGGCUGUUAUCACAAGUUCAAGUUCUGCCCUGAAUUUUCCCAAGGAGGAAUCACAAUUCAUGAAUGAUGAUGAUAACGAUAAGCCUUCUAGGAAGGGAGAUCAAUCAGACCACAAAAGCAACGAUUCAUCAACAGAAGAUGAAGAUGAGGAUGAGGUUGAAGUUGCUAGAACUGCAGCUAUUAACCAGGAGAUAAAGCGUGUUCUGACUGAUGUUCUUCUGAAGGUUACUGAUUAUCUGUUUGAUGAAAUAGCUACCAAAGUUCUGAAAGAAGAUGGUCCCUCUGUUGAAGUUAAUCGAGAUGGUGACUUGUCAAACCACCACUUAUUGCCUUCUGCUCCAUCAGUUUCAACACCCAAGGCCUCUGCCAAGAUUCUGAUCCCAACCAAGGCCAAGGGAAGUGACAAUGAGGAUGCUAGUGAAAGAUCUACUUCUGGUUCUGCUGGAGAUAUACUGGGGCUGGGUAAUUAUGCCUCGGAUGAGGAAGAUGAGAUACAGAAUCCAGGCAAGCCAGAUUUAAAGGACGGCUCCAUGCAACAGAGCAAGCUUUUGGACUCUAAUCCUGUCAUUGAGAACAGUGGUUCCCAGGAACAAAGAAAUGUUCCAGCUAGUGCUGCUGAAAAUCUGCCAAAUGAUAAUAUGGCUGCUAAAGAAUUUGCAUCAGAUAAUAGUCUGCAUUCCUCUAAGAGAUUGUCUGGCACUGUAGAAAAUGAGUACCAGCAAGGUUAUGAUACUUCUAUAUCGAGCAACUAUUUGACUGAAAAGGCUGUUGAGAGAGAUGAAAUACCAGAUGGGAAUUUUGAAGCUCAAAGGUGGAUGAACAAUGAUUCCCGGACCCAAAAUACCCGGAGCGGACCUGAUAAAAAUUAUGAGCUUGAAAACAAAAGAAGCUCAAUGAAGAAAGAGCAAAAAAAAUCAGAAAGUUCUAAGGGUAAACUGGAUAAGAAGGGAGAUGAAGAACAUAGAAGACAUGAAGAAAGGCGAGCAAGAGCUGGUAGGAAUGACCAUCAUGAUAAUUUCAAAGAUAAAGUGAAGGAGAAAGGUAAGACUGAUGAAAAAGCAAUUAACAAUGAACCAAGGAGGCGGCCCUCUUCUUCCGAUGACAAGGAAGGGACAAUUGAGGCACACAAAGAUAAAAGUAGUAGUAAAAAAGACAAUGAUGGGAAAAGGAAAGAGAGAACAGGGGAUGACAGAAAAGAACGAUCUAGACAUAAAAGUGGUACUGAACCCAGUAGACAUAAACGGCGCCGGUCAUCUUCAGUUGGUGCCAGGGAUAGAGGGACCAAGGAUAACUCCUUGGAUAGUCGUGCAAAUGAGUCAAGUGAUGAGUCAUCAGAUGAUUCUAGAAGGAAAUUACAUCACUCGAGAAGACAUAAAUCUCCAUUGCCCACCAGGACAAGAAAAAGACAAGUUUUGCGGUCACCCCAUAGCAAGCAUUCUAAGCCCAGGAAUUCUCCCUACUCUUCUCUUGAGAGUACCAGGUACCCUCUAAUCCGUUUUAGUUGUAUUCUGUAAUUAUUUAUGAGACUUGCCAUCCAUCAACUCAGCAGUCUGCAACUCAGGUGAAAAGUAUUGUUUGCAGCAAUGACAUUUACUGUUGCAUUGGUAUGAUUUGAAAUUUCAGGGGGAAAAGAUCACCAUCACUGUUGCCAUCAAGAUCGAGAUCCAGAUCGCCUGUGCACCGCCGACGAUAGUAGGUUUGAAACUGGGUGAAGCCCGACUUAUCUCCAUGCUAAGCCAUAUCCUGCCACCAUGAAUGAUGAUAUGAAGUCACACACAGGAACAAUGUGGAGAAGCUAAGGUAUCAGCUCACAACCUUUGAUUGGGUGGGAAUUGAUUACUAUCUUGGAAGAAGUCAAGAUACGUCUGCAGGGUUGCUAUGUGGAGAUGGCGACAUGAUGCUGUAAAGCCACCAUUCAGCAUUUUCUGGACAUAGACUCAUGUUUCAAAUGGUGUUAUGGUACUAUAACCUGUUGUCUAGUAUCAGUUUCUAUUAUAAUUGGAUUACCUGCCAGUGCUGGUCUUGAUUUUGUUGGUUGAUGUCCAUCAAAUCAGCUACACAGCUUCCGAGUCAAUGUUCAUGGUUUUGAUGCAGGUUCAACCUUUGUUUAAGCUGUAGUAUUAGCUGCUGCCUUAUUCCUUCAAUGUAAUCAAACUACUUAUGCAAUCUUCACUUUGUAUGUAGAAUAUGUAGAAUCUCGACUGCACAAUACCUUUUCGGCACAUUCUUACAUCGGUUUUAUCUACAAAAAUUGACAUAAAA